AUGGCUUUUCCUAAACUUAUUCACAGAAAAAAGGACUCUAAAGAGAGAGAAAGACAUGAAGAAAAACCAAAGUUUUUGCAUAUGCUAAAAGAUCAUGUCAUGCCGAAAGGCAUGGCUAGCGGCACUGUUUCAUCAUCUCCUUCGAAAUCUCCUUUUGAAAACAAACAACAUGAUGCAAAAAUAAGUGGUAUAGCUUCCCAAGCAGACCUUCCGCUCGUACAAUCACAUCCACAUUCGGCUAUUUCGAAUGCACCAAGACAUUCUGAGUCGCAUGCAAGGAUCAAUUCACCAAAUUCCGCAAUCAGUAAAGAAGAGAUGAAGAAACAGCUGGACGAAGCUAAACCGGGCUUGCCUUCCAUUGAUGAUGUUCAAAAACCAAGUAGAAAGAUGACAUAUAACCCUUACGGAUUGAACAACAUAACUGCUGGUGGUAGUAAUGCAAAUAAGAACGUCGUGAGGACUUUUACCUUAGACGACGCUGUGGAAGAUGCCAACAACACACUACCUAAACCUGUUGCAAAUCCAAACGAUUAUUUACCGCCAAUCUUCCAAGAUGAACAUCCUGUGUUAACUGAUCUCUAUGAAUUGACUCCUAAUGAAAAAAGUAUUGGUACAGGUGCUUCAGCAUCCAUUAAAAAAAUCAAUAAGAGAGGAAAUGUCAGAGACGUAUAUGCUCUAAAGAAAUUUAUUUUAUUUAAGGGAGAGAAACCUGAAGAAUUUUAUCAAAGGGCUGCCAAAGAAUAUAUCAUUCAUAAAAAUAUCUCCUCUGGAUUUCAUAUUGUCAAAGUCUUUUCACUAGUAAGGGUUCCCCAUAUACCUUUCCCUCAGGAGAUUACUGGUGGUUGGGGUCUUAUUUUAGAGCUAUGUAAGACUGACCUUUUCUCGUUAAUUGAAAAAAAAUCAUGGCCCACAACUAAAUCAUGCGAUAAACUCUGUAUUUUCAAGCAAAUAGCAUUUGGGUUGAAAUACAUGCACGACCAUGAUGUUUCUCAUAGGGAUUUAAAGCCUGAGAAUAUUCUUUUGGAUGGUAAUGGGAUUGUCAAAAUAACAGACUUUGGUGUAUCUGAUUAUGGACACGUUAUUCCAGGCGAUUUCCAUUCACCUAUUGCUAUGUCAACCCAAUUAGUAGGCUCACCGCCAUACCAGCCACCUGAGGUUCAGAAUCUGAAUGGUGUGGAUAGAUCUAAGAGAACUCCUUAUAAUCCAUUCCUUAUGGAUUACUGGUCUUUGGGUAUAAUAUUAUUUGUUCUCUUUUAUCAAAAUGUUCCAUUUCAAAGCGCCGAUAAAAGAUGUCCGGAAUUUAGAGACUUUGAUAUGUCUUAUGACAAGUACUGCUCAAGGAAUACCAAUUUUCGGAAAGAUAAGCUAGUCCCAAAUUUAGUUGGUACCUCACCAGCCCAAACACCUAAACUAACUCCUACAUUGGAUGGUAGGCCUAUAGGGAGUGGAGGGUUGGCUUCGACGCCAAUUUCCAGGAUUCCUUCAAUACAAGCACAUACAAUUCCUUCCUCGGCUGCUAUUGCACGAUCUUCAAAUGUUAAUAUUCCAACUGCAGUUCCACCUCCAACAUCUAGUCAUAAUAAUAAUAAUAAUAACGGUUCAUCACCAAAUUCUCCAAGUCAUUUGCAGACGAAAAAUGACUUUUCUAUGAUUAAAACGAGAAGUAAUUCAGCAGCUAGUUCUAAUUCCUCGCUUAACAAGCAAUUUGGAACUCCCGGACAUUCCAAGACUUCGACUAUCAACUCCACAGCUCCAUCGUCUUCCAACUUGAGCCUCUUGGGGCUCAACAAGGCUGCAGGUCCGGGCCCUGAAUAUAGAUUUGCAAGAAAAUUUCCGUCGUCUCAUGUAGCAAGGAUGGCAUGGAGGUUAGCCGAUCCAAAACCGGAAUCGAGGUGGGGAUUAUUUGAUUUAUUCAAUGAUGAAACAUUCCAAAAUUUGGAAAUGUGUAUUUGUGAACACUCUAAAGAUGGAUGUUACCCUUAUAUUGAAAAUGAGGACCAUCAUGAGAACCAUCACCAGAGUCAUCGUGAAGACCAUCACCAAAGCCUUUUUAAAGAUGUCGAUGAUGAAAGUUUUCAUGACGCAAAUGAAGACGAAGGAAUUCAAUUCACUGCGACGAAUAAUCGUGAACCAAGUGGAUCUAUGGUGAACGAGGGACAUGGUGAGUUGAAAGGUUUAUCAAGCGGUAGUACCGGAUCAAAUACGCCAGCACAUAUACAAACUACGACGGGGGAUAACGUUAUCCAGUUAGCAGAUGAUUUUGACAAUGGCCUGCUCAUCACGAGUAACGAAACUACAAAGAAGGCAUCGACUGAACACGUCAAGAAACAUAGUCAUCUUCUGACGUAUUAG